UAAAUAUAGAUAUAUACUUACAACAAAUACGUAUACAUUGUCUCUUAGAGACCAGUUAUUCCAAGCAAAUAUGACCACUGAAACUGCCAUCGCUCCUGUUCUCACGAGCCCCGAACAUCCCAAGAAGAACCGGAUUCAAGUCUCUAACACAAAAAAACCUCUUUUCUUUUAUGUCAAUCUUGCAAAGAGGUACAUUCAACAACAUGAUGAAGUUGAGCUCUCGGCUUUGGGCAUGGCAAUUACUACAGUUGUUACAGUAGCUGAGAUACUCAAGAACAAUGGACUUGCUGUUGAGAAAAAGGUCGUGACGUCCACCAUCGGUAUGAAGGAUGAAACACGGGGCCGACUAAUUCAAAAGGCCAGGAUCGAGAUUGUAUUGGGGAAGACUGAGAAGUAUGCGUCAAUGGCAACUCCCCCGAGUGCUCAAGCACGCGAGAAGGAAGCAGGAGUUGCUAACAAGGAAGAAAAAAAACAAGACUAGGAUCAUGAAUGUUACUUUCCUCAUAGCUAGAGAUGCAUGCCGUAAUUAUAGUGUGUUUUGUGUUUCCUAUCCUAGCUUGAUGUGCCCCAAAGAUUCAAGGUUGUAGUCAAAACAUUAUGUUAAUAUGUUACAUUUGUGUUUUGAGUCCACAUCAAGCCAUUGGUCUUGCUCAAGAUUGAGCAGUGUAUACUAUGCCUGUGUAAAAACUAAAGACUAUAUAUGAUUGCAAAUGUCUUCCAUUCAUUCA